AUGUUCAGUCUUUUCAUGGUAGAGCACUGUAUCUGGUUUGGGAGAGACUUUUUUGGAAGAAGAAGUCUGCUUUGGAAAUUCGAUCCUGAAGGAACGUCUUUCUCACUUUCAUCAGUUGCUUCCCUGCCAGUAGAUUAUAUUCAGUCGCAAUGGCAGGAAGUACCACCUAUUGGAGUUUACAGGUUUGACCUAACAGACUCUUCACCUUUAGGUCCAGUUGUAUUUGAACUUUAUCCAUGGGUUUUCGACAGUGGCGAAGAGCCAAAUAAAAGCCCGGAAUUGAAAUUCGAAGGUCUUCACAGAUCUGUCUCUGUAAAUAGUUCUGGACUUUACCUGACCUCUCCUAUUUGUCCAAUGAACACAUCCAUUUCAUCAUUUACAACUGAACAAGAUCAGAAUGUUUCUCAAACCUCUGUUGAAAUUCUGAAAGAAUUCCUAACAGACUCUAAAAAGAAAGCAAUGGUUAGCGCGCUCAUUGACAUUCUAAGUGAGGCAGUCCGUAAGAGAGUACAGUUCCUACCUGCUCAAGAUGAAAUGGUGACCCCCAAUCAUAUGAAAGCUGAUAUUGCCAUUCUUUUCUCUGGGGGAAUUGAUUCAAUGAUAUUAGCUGCCCUUGCUGAUAGGCACAUCCCUGCAGACAAACCCAUUGACCUGCUCAAUGUUGCUUUCAAAAUCCAAGAAGGAAAAAAGCCUCCCAAGUCUUUGAAGAAAGGGAAAAAUAAGAAGAAAGACUGUGAUGCUGAUGAAACCCAAUCAGAUCAACAGAGCUUUAACUGCUUUGAUGUGCCAGACAGAAUAACCGGUAGAGCUGGUCUGCAAGAACUAAAAAACCUCAGUCCAAAGCGCCAAUGGAACUUUAUCGAAAUUAACAUAACUCAAGAGGAGCUUAAAGAAAUGCGACAGAAACGCAUCUGUCAUUUGGUGCACCCUUUGGACACUGUUCUGGAUGAUAGCCUUGGAUGUGCCGUCUGGUUUGCCGCCAGAGGAAUUGGCUUCAUAAAUGAGGGCGUUGAAGAACUUUUUACUUCAGAAGCAAAGGUGGUUUUGACUGGCAUAGGAGCAGAUGAACAGCUGGCGGGAUACUCCAGACACAGGGUGCGGUAUAAGAACUCAGGACUGGAAGGACUCGUCAAAGAGCUGGCUAUGGAACUGGGACGAAUAUCCUCAAGAAAUCUUGGAAGGGAUGACCGAAUCAUUGGGGACCAUGGAAAAGAGGCCAGAUUCCCGUACUUGGAUGAAGAUGUAGUCAGUUUCCUUAACAGACUACCUGUGUCGGAGAAGGCUGACUUGUCUCUACCUAGAGGAGUCGGAGAAAAGCUGUUACUGAGGUUAGCAGCUAUUGAGUUGGGAUUGGGACUCUCUGCUCUCUUGCCUAAGAGAGCCAUGCAGUUCGGCUCCAGAAUUGCCAAGUUAGAGGACAACCAUGAAAAGGCCUCGGAUAAGUGUAAAAGGCUUGUCGCCACCUAAUUUAAUGUUCUGACAGGUGUCUUUUCUGGUUCUGUUCUUUUAAUAUGAAUAUACUCCUUAAAUGAUUGGUUUGGGGGAAUUGGGAAUGAGUACAAUUAACACAUUUAUGGCAAUAAAUCACAAAAAAAAUGAUAGCCAGUUUUAUUCUGUAUGUCAUUACAUGUUUGAACUACAUUUAAAUAAACAGAUGGAUUUUGAAGUUGG